AUCUUCGAUUUCGACGAGGAAAAGGGCAAGGCGACGGCCAAGGAGCUCGGCGCCUCGGCCAUCUUCCAGCAGGGCGACGUGCGCGAUCCCGCGGCCGUGGCGCACGCGCUCGAGGCCAUGGUGAGCGCCUUCGGGCGCGUCGACGCCGCCGUGUCCUGCGCGGGCAUCGCGCCGCCGGCGAAGACGCUGGGCAAGAAAGGGCCGCACUCGCUCGCGCUCUUCGAGGACGUGCUCGGCGUCAACGCGGUCGGCACGUUCAACGUCGCGCGCCUCGCGGCGGCGGCCAUGGCCAACAACGAGCCCGACGCGGCGGGC